ACGUCAUCAAGCGGCGACUGACGGGAUGACAGUCGAGGCUGAAGCAGCUUCUUAUGGGGGAUGGACUUCACAGAGUGCUACGGAGACACAGUGUCCAGUGUUGCUGCUGCAGCUCGUUCAGGCUGUAGGAAGCAGGUGAGGAGGCUGAUAAAGAGAGGCUGCAGCGUUGACUGCCGAGACAACCGCGGCUGGAAUGCCCUGCACGAGGCGGCGGCAGCUGGCAGCAAAGAGUGUGUGCAGGAGAUUCUGUCUGCUGUCGGUGCAGGCUCCUCUAGCAGCAGCAGCAGCCGAGCCUAUGUGAACUCUUUGACACAUGAAGGGGAAUCUGCAUGUUACCUGGCAGCGCAGCGUGGACACCUGGCAGUGGUCCGACUCCUCCUGAAAGUACACGCCAACAUCAACCAGCUAACUAAUGACUUGUCCUGUCCUUUAUAUGCAGCUGUCGACAGCGGACACGGGGAAGUUGUGGAGCUGCUGGUCGGUAAAGGUGCCGAGGUGAACAGAGCACACACCGCGUCCUGCUGGACCUGCCUUCAUCAAGCCGUUUAUAAGGGUCACAGUGAAAUUGUGCGCAUUCUUGUGAAUGUUUGCAACCUGGAGGCACUAGAUGACCACAAGAUCUCGCCGCUGUUUGUAGCUGCACAGUACGGACGAAGAGAAUGUCUGGAAAUACUCGUUAAUGCCGGUGCCAAUGUGAACACCCAGGCAGCUGAUCUGGCGACACCGCUGCUGAUUUCCUCUCAGGAGGGUCACCAGGCUUGUGUGGAUUUUCUGCUGGACCAUGGCGCCGAUCCUAACAAAGCCUGCAGUCCCGAGUGGCCCCAGCUUCCCAUUCAUGCAGCAGCUGAGUUUGGUCACGUCGGUGUUCUCCGGAGGCUGAUAGCUGUUACAGAUCGCGUGUGUGACCAGGGUGAUGGCAUGGUGAGUCCGCUGUACGUGGCCGUCCACAGCAAUCAGACCAAGAGUAUCGAGAUGCUCCUGACUGAAGGCUACAGCCCUGAUGCUCAGGACUGCACACACACCCUGAGCCUCCGGUCACCGCUCUCCUUAGCCUUGGACCGCACAUCUAACAAACCAUACAGUGAAUCAGUGAAAUUGCUGGUAGCUGCAGGAGCAAACCUGAGCGAGGACGACUGGAUUUAUGCUUUGGCCACUGACAAAACAGACCUGCUGCAACUUGUGCUUGAGCACAGAUGGAUUCCUCGACCGGAGACUUUGACCACUGACUGUUCUAUACCCCACCAUCAUGGGAAAACUGUGUUAAAGCUCCAAGAACUGAGGGAACUGCUCUGCGUGGCACUAAACCAAGUACAUUUUGCCGCCUGCUGGCUUUCUCUGCUUUUAAAGACGGGACUGGAACCGUCUUUACUGCUUCACCCCCACAUGUUGGAGCAGGCAGACAGUGAGGUGUUGAAUUACCUGCUAGAGUUUGUAGAUUGGUCGACUCUGUCCCCUCAUUUGAAACAUAUUCUGGACCGAAGGAGGGCAGAAAAAACCUGGGAACCACGACCGCAUUUUGACUCUGUUCCCUGUCUUUCCCACCUCUGCCGGCUGCAGGUUCGGGCGGCAUUGGGACCAGAUCUCCUGAUGAGGACUAGCGUAGUCCAGCAGCUCCCUGUGCCCACCCCACUGCAUGACUUCCUCAAGUUCAGCGACAUCCCAGAAGCUUCCUACACACACUCACCACCAUUACCAAUUCUAAAUCGAAUACAGGAGCACCGCAGUGCACAUCAGCACAGACAUGUUCUAUAACCCCGAACACUUUUCCUGUUAUGCUCCUUUGAAUUUUGUUAAAAUCAUCUUGUUUCACACUGUUUGAGGGGUUCACACACACCGACCCCGACCACAACAUUAAAACCACUGACAGGGCAGGUGAUAAUCUGGCUACAAGGCAAUGUUUUGCCGGCAAUCUUGGGUCCUGCAUUCGUGUGAAUGUUACUACGGCAUGUACCGCCCACCUAAACGUUGCAGACCAAGCACAGGCCAUGAGUUCCCUAAGGGUUCCUGAGAACUGCUCAGAAACUGCCCAAGGAGUCCAAAGUACGCAGAUCCUUAUCUGAGCAUCCAGAGCUGCAGAAUGUGCUGGCCUAAUUCACAGAGGUGUCACACCCCUGACCAACAGGACCUGCUGCUUGCUAACAUUCCAGCACACCACAGAUCCAGAGGUCCUGCUUCCAUAACCCAUCGGGUCCAGAGCUGUGGUUUUAGUGCAUUUUAUUGUUGUGGCUGAUCGGUAUAUAUGCUCUAUUAGCCUGUUACAGUGUCUCGUUGAGGCUAUGUGAUGUUUACACUGUGUGUAAUAUUCAAAUCCAAGAAUCCAUGUUUUUUUUGGUUGCACCAUUCCAUCAGAUGGAAAUAUAUGAGUUCUGUGCAUCAUUUUAUACACAUUUCUCAGAAAGGUUUAAAAAUAAAAGACAUUUAAAAUACGA